AUGGAUAGCAAUUUCCAGACUCAAUGUCUCCCUGGAAUAAUAGCCCAAAACUCAAUGGAAGCUGAUUCUUUAUGUUCCACAGUCCCUGUAUUGCCAUACCGGAGUUCCACAAUGCCAGAAAAUCUCUCCAUGCGUCUCAAACAUCCAAGUGUCCUCUGUACAAAUUCCUGGUUAAAAAGAAGUCCCAGUGAUCACUCUGAUCAUAUCGUGGCAAAAUUACGUUGUUCUCGAAGUAUGGAAGCUAGCAAACAAAGAGGUCGUGUAGCCUCUAUGGCGCCAGAUGUAAGAUAUGUUGAUAAAAAUUUUCCUCCUCCUCUUCCACCCAAAAGAACAUGUUCCAAGUCACCCGUGCUACCGAUUUCCUCUCUUAAACAUCCCGAUUUUCAAUCCGACUUAACGAAUGAGCUAGAGGAGGCAGGACUUUCGAGAAUUGACGAGGAUGAUGUUUGCAGUGCCCUACAGAAAAUCACAAAGUGUCUUGACCAAAUACAAGUGGAAAGAAGUCCCGUUCUUGGACAUUAUUCACUGCUUUACCGACUUGAUACCUGUCCUAAAAUACAGACUUCAAAAUCACCGUCAUACUUACCGAGAUUGAGACAAUUUUCCCAGAAGCCGCAGAGGUGUGCAUACACAAAUCUUGCUGGAUGA